GCGCGGCCGAGGGGGUGCGGCGGGCAUUGGGGUGGUGGUGGUGGUAGGAGAGGCCGGGCGGGCGAACGGGCAAUGAAUGAAUCCCGGGCACUGCGGACAGCGUCCUGAAGCUCACCGCAGCGGGACUGCGCGCUUCCUUCUCCGGGACCCGCACCCCCUCCUAAGCCCCGAGUACCCCGGACCCCUUCGGAGUCGGGCGGCGCCCCAGAUCCAGGCUGGGGUGCGGGAUGGGGACGUGCCGGAGAGUUUGUUAUUGUUUGCAGACAUGUGACAGGCGUGCGAGCCGCGCUGCGGGCUGCGGUUGUGAAAAGACACGGAUUGCUCUCCUCCAACACACACACACACACACACACACACACACACACACGCACGCACGCACGCACCCGGCUGGCUUUGUAGGGGCUCAAGAGGUCGGGGUUCUCCAGGGAGCCAGGCUGAGGGGACGGGGAGCAGCCCAGUGGCGGCCCACCCCCCCGCGGACGGAUGUUCCUGGCUGCGGGGGUUUGGGGGUCCUGGGGAGCGAGGCCCAAGCCUGCGGCAGGCAGGGCUGAUGAGGAGCCCAAGGUCGAGUGGGGGGCACGCAGGGCCAAGGAGAACGCAGGUCCCCGAGGACGUGACAGGGCAGGGCUUGAGUCUCCGGGCAGGUCGGGGCAGCGGGUCCCAGGGCGCGGGCGGCGCGCCGGGCUUGCAGUGGCUCGGGACGGACCGCUGGGUAACCCCCUGUCAAAGCGGUGUCCCGCCGUCUGCAGGAGGCUGGCAGGACGUGCGGGUGUGCUAACUUGGAGCCCACCCCCCAACCCCCGCUGCACCGCACCCUAAUUUAGGGGCUUCUGGUGUUCUCCGGCACGCACACUCUGCUCCCCUAAGACGUUGAGUGACUUGUGCUGGGAGUUUGAAUUUGGCCUUUGAAGUUUGCAAUCAGCCGAGUGGUUGCCGGAGCCAGGACCGGAUGUGUCAGCCAUUCAGUUUGAAAGCGGUGGUGACGGCUCCCCCAGCACCAACGGCGUGACCCGGGGGUGGGGGGAUCCCGGUGCGGGCACGGGGGGGCUGCCUGCUCGGGGGCAGCUGCGGGGCCGCCCCCCACUCUCUCCCCCGGUGCGGUGGGCUGGGGCUCCGGGGAGUCUUCCGGUGCGUGCGUGCAGAGGACGAUCCGUGGGAGGUACUUUAGUCCAACGGUUCCUUGGCCUCGCCCUGUCUGGGCUCCUGGGAGUUUUUCUGCGGAAGAAAAUGACUUUAAGUGUGACAGCCGUAAGCCUUGAUCUUUACAGAAAUCUGACUGUCGCGAGAUGGAGAAUAAAGAAACUCUGAAAGGCCUGCACAAGAUGGACGAUCGCCCCGAAGAGCGAAUGAUCAGGGAGAAGCUGAAGGCAACCUGCAUGCCUGCCUGGAAGCACGAGUGGCUGGAGAGGAGGAAUAGGCGGGGCCCAGUGGUGGUGAAACCAAUCCCUAUUAAAGGAGAUGGAUCCGAAGUGGGUGGCCUGGCCGCUGAGUGUCCAGGAGAGAGCCAGGCAGGCAGCCCCUGUCCGGUCCCUAAAGGCCGCCGGAGCCCGUCUCCGGGCGGCUCCCCGUCUGGUCGCACCGUCAAGUCCGAGUCGCCAGGAGUGAGGAGGAAGCGAGUUUCCCCCGUGCCCUUUCAGAGUGGCAGAAUCACUCCGCCCCGAAGAGCCCCGUCCCCCGAUGGCUUCUCCCCGUACAGUCCCGAGGAAACGAGCCGCCGCGUGAACAAGGUGAUGCGGGCCCGGCUGUACUUGCUGCAGCAAAUAGGACCCAACUCCUUCCUGAUCGGCGGCGACAGCCCAGACAAUAAAUACCGCGUGUUCAUUGGCCCACAGAACUGCAGCUGUGGGCGUGGAACAUUCUGCAUUCAUCUGUUAUUUGUUAUGCUCCGGGUAUUUCAACUAGAACCUUCAGACCCAAUGUUAUGGAGGAAAACCUUAAAGAAUUUUGAGGUUGAGAGUUUGUUCCAGAAAUAUCACAGUAGACGUAGCUCAAGGAUCAAAGCCCCAUCUCGUAACACCAUCCAGAAGUUUGUGUCACGCAUGUCAAAUUCUCAUACAUUGUCAUCAUCUAGUACUUCUACAUCUAGUUCAGAAAACAGCAUGAAGGACGAAGAGGAGCAGAUGUGUCCUAUCUGCUUGCUGGGCAUGCUGGACGAGGAGAGCCUGACGGUGUGUGAGGAGGGCUGCAGGAACAAGCUGCACCACCACUGCAUGUCCAUCUGGGCAGAAGAAUGUAGAAGAAAUAGAGAGCCUUUAAUAUGUCCCCUGUGUAGGUCUAAGUGGCGAUCCCAUGAUUUCUACAGCCACGAAUUGUCAAGCCCUGUGGACUCCCCUUCCUCCCUGCGAACCUCACAGCCCAUCCACCAGCCACCCUUGGGUGGGUCACAGAGAAGGAACCAGGAGAGCAACUUGAACCUUACCCACUACGGAGCUCAGCAGAUUCCACCUGCUUACAAAGAUGUAGCUGAGCCCUGGAUUCAGGUGUUUGGAAUGGAACUAGUUGGCUGCUUAUUUUCUCGAAACUGGAAUGUCAGAGAGAUGGCCCUCAGGCGUCUUUCCCAUGAUGUUAGUGGGGCGCUGCUGCUGGCGAACGGGGAGAGCACUGGAAACUCUGGGGGCGGCAAUGGCCCCAGCGCAGGAGCCACCAGCGGGUCCCCGCAGGCCGGCGUCUCCGGGGACGUGGUGGGGGCCUGCUGCAACGUCCUGUCGGUGGUCUGCGGCGACCCUGUCUACAAAGUGUAUGUUGCUGCUUUAAAAACGUUGCGAGCGAUGCUGGUGUAUACUCCCUGUCACAGCAUGGCAGAAAGACUCAAGCUGCAGAGACUUCUCCGGCCAGUUGUCGACACCAUCCUGGUCAAGUGUGCUGAUGCCAACAGCCGCACGAGUCAGCUGUCCAUAUCCACGCUGCUGGAACUGUGCAAAGGCCAAGCGGGAGAGCUGGCGGUCGGCAGAGAAAUCCUGAAAGCUGGAUCCAUUGGCAUUGGUGGUGUUGAUUAUGUCUUAAAUUGUAUUCUUGGAAGCCAAAUUGAAUCAAACAACUGGCAGGAACUCCUGGGCCGCCUUUCUCUGGUAGAGAGACUGCUGCUAGAAUUUCCUGCAGAAUUUUAUCCUCACAUCGUCAGUACUGAUGUCUCACAAGCUGAGCCUGUGGAAAUCAGGUAUAAGAAGCUGCUGUCCCUGUUAGCCUUUGCAUUGCAAUCCAUUGAUAACUCCCACUCGAUGGUCGGCAAGCUGUCCCGAAGGAUCUAUCUGAGUUCUGCGAGGAUGGUUACGGCAGUGCCCCAUGUGUUUUCCAAGCUGUUAGAGAUGCUGAGCAUCUCUAGCUCAACCCACUUCACCAGGAUGCGGCGGCGGCUGAUGGCCAUUGCCGACGAGGUGGAGAUCGCCGAGGCCAUCCAGCUGGGCGCCGAAGACUCCCUGGGUGGCCAGCAGGGCGGCUUCGUGCAGGCCUCCGCCCCUAACAGCUAUCCAGCAACCACAGAGCGUACAGCCCAGCUAGAGAAAACUGGACAAGGACUGUGUGCUACAAAGUUGAGUGCCAGUGCAGAGGACGUCUGUGACAGACUGGCCAGCGUUUCAGUGGGACUUCCCGGCUCAGCAACAAUGGAACAACCAAAGCCAGUGCUUCAGACAAAAGGCAGACCCCAUAGUCAGUGUUUGAACUCUUCUCCUGCGUCUCAUCUCUCGCAGCUAGUGCUCCCAGCCUCCUCCACCCCGUCGGUCCCAGCCAGCACUGCCACAGACCUCCCCAAGCAGAGGCCGCACGGAUUCAUUCCCUGCAAAGUGCCUUCUGCGUCUCCUCAGACACAGCGCAAGUUCUCCCUGCAAUUCCAGAGAAACUGUUGUGAAAACAAAGACUCAGAUCAACUUUCCCCAAUCUUUACUCAAUCAAGACCACUGCCCUCCAGUAAUAUACACAGGCCAAAGCCAUCUCGACCCACUCCAGGUAACUCAAGCAAACAGGGAGACGCCACCACCAGCAGCAUGACACUUGAUCUGAAUGGCACUGCCAGGUGUGGGGACGGCUCUGGCAGCAGCAGCAGCAGUGCUGGGAACGCCGUUAUCCCCAGUGAGGAGACGGUGUUCACCCCAGUCGAGGAGAAGGGCAGGUUAGAUGUCAACACUGAGCUCAACUCCAGUAUUGAGGACCUUCUGGAAGCCUCGAUGCCAUCAGGCGACACGACAGUAACGUUCAAGUCAGAAGUCGCUGUCCUCUCUCCGGAAAAGGCUGAAAAUGACGACACCUACAAAGAUGAUGUAAAUCAUAAUCAGAAGUGCAAAGAAAAGAUGGAAGCCGAGGAGGAAGAAGCGUUAGCCAUCGCCAUGGCAAUGUCGGCGUCUCAGGAUGCGCUCCCCAUUGUUCCUCAGCUGCAGGUGGAGAACGGAGAGGACAUCAUCAUCAUCCAGCAGGACACACCAGAAACUCUGCCAGGACAUACCAAAGCAAAACAACCAUACAGAGAAGACACUGAGUGGCUGAAAGGCCAGCAGAUAGGCCUGGGAGCGUUUUCUUCCUGUUACCAAGCUCAAGAUGUGGGAACUGGAACGUUGAUGGCUGUCAAACAGGUGACAUAUGUCCGAAACACAUCUUCUGAGCAGGAAGAAGUGGUGGAAGCACUGCGAGAAGAGAUCCGAAUGAUGAGCCACCUGAAUCACCCGAACAUCAUCAGGAUGCUGGGCGCCACCUGCGAGAAGAGUAACUACAAUCUCUUCAUCGAGUGGAUGGCAGGGGGAUCUGUGGCUCAUUUGCUGAGUAAAUAUGGAGCGUUCAAGGAAUCAGUAGUUAUUAAUUACACUGAACAGCUACUUCGUGGCCUUUCGUAUCUCCAUGAAAACCAGAUCAUUCACAGAGAUGUCAAAGGUGCCAACUUGCUCAUUGACAGCACGGGCCAGAGGCUGAGAAUUGCAGAUUUCGGAGCUGCAGCCCGCCUGGCAUCGAAAGGCACCGGGGCGGGGGAGUUUCAGGGACAGUUGCUGGGCACGAUUGCGUUCAUGGCACCCGAGGUACUGAGAGGCCAGCAGUACGGGAGGAGCUGUGACGUCUGGAGUGUCGGCUGUGCUAUUAUAGAAAUGGCUUGCGCCAAACCACCCUGGAAUGCAGAGAAACACUCCAAUCAUCUUGCUUUGAUAUUUAAGAUCGCGAGUGCCACCACCGCCCCGGCCAUCCCUUCGCACCUGUCUCCCGGCUUGCGGGAUGUGGCUCUGCGCUGCUUAGAGCUGCAGCCUCAGGACAGACCUCCCUCGAGAGAGCUGCUGAAGCAUCCCGUCUUCCGCACCUCCUGGUAGCUGGUGACGCAGAUCCGCUAAGGUGGAGAACUUCUGUGGGGAAAUGCGCGAAUAACCGGCUGGCCUUCCCGCUCCCGGGCUGCAACGCACGAGGCCAGUGGGGAACCGUUACCUAAGUAUGUGAUUGACAAAUCAUCUGUACCUAAGCUCAAUAUGCAAAAGUCCACAACUUGUGCAGAAACUAUCAGCCGUGCCUUUCAAAGAACUGGCCCUAGGGGAAAGGAUAGCAGUGAAGUCUGCAUGACUAAGUAAUGCAAACCUAAUUUUAUUUUUUUGGAGCACUUUUUCAGCAAUAUUAGCAGCUGAGGGGCUCAGGAGCAAUUUUAGUGUUUCAAUGACUCUUCCAUUUCAUGUAGUGAUCACAAGCGGCAGGGGUUCCAUAGCUGCAUUUGCUUUGUGUCACUGGUUAUAAAAGAGCGUAUCUGUCUCCUCCAGCCCGAGUACGCUGUGAGCGGCAGUGAGCGCACGUGUCUUUAAGAGCUGGUGACUUGUUUAUGAACCACAGCUGACCUUGUUUUUAUUUUUUAAUUCCUGGGCAGUUGUGGCUCAUUGUGCAUUUUACUGUUGGCCCAUUCAUUUCGUUUUUGGAAAUUAUGGUUCUAUAGCGUCAUUUCACCUUCAGUUUUCUUUUAUAUUCAGGGAAAGGUGAUCUUUUCAAACCAGGAAAAAAAAAAGGACUAGAUGUGAACUAGGGUUUAAUAUCUUGCUACUGCGAGAAUUUUUAAAAAUCAGAUUUAAUUCUGUUUUUCCAGUUGGAAUAAAAGACUACCUACAUUGAGGCAGAUACUGUUUUUAUUGUGCAGAUUAACUAUAAAACAACAACAAAAAAAAUCAGCUGUUCUUUGGCUUGCAGCUCAAGGCCAAGGUCAAGAUUACCUUGAGUUUUGAGUUUCCAAGAUGUUUCUGGUUUCUGGUGUCAGGCUGUAGGAGCGACACACACUCCGUCUUCCUUUGUUCUUCUGGCACACGCAGCCGCUGUCGUCCUACUGUGCAUCUGACCCUAGGCCUGGUUGCUAAAUACCAAGAAAAGGGGACUGAAUUUUAACUUACUCAAUUACCAACUGAAAAAUCCUUUUAAACAGUAAUUUUGGCUUUGAACUUGGAUAAGUAUGGUUCGGAAGAAAGUGAAGUGGAGUUGUAUUUGCACAGUGACCUGCUGAUUUUAGUCUGGAUUCAGAUGCAUGGACUCCUCGAGGGGGACAGCUGUGCUCUGGCCUUUUUUGGCGAGUCUUUUAAACCAAGUACUGAUUAACUCUUAAAUACAACUUUGAGAAAUUUUAACUCUUCAGAAGCCAGUGUGAAAUAGAAUUGGUUAUUCUCAAAGACUCAGGAUAAACUAAAUAAGCUACGUAGAGUACAUUUAAAGUGUACAACACAAAUUGGAAGUAAAAUAAGUUACAAUUACAAGAUAAGUUUACAGGGAUAUGUUGCAUAUAAUUUUUAAAAGGCAGUUUGUUUUUUUAUGUGAAUGUGUUUUAGUAAAUUUUUACAUUCCUUUGUUUUGGAAGAUUGGCAAUAUUUGAAGAGUUAAAAAAAAAAAUAGUACAGAAAUGUGAAGUUUGCUAGCUGUGUGUGUGUUGUACUUGCCUCUUUCCUCUUGGACUGCUUGGGAUUCUCCCAGUUGUGCUCAGAUUGUCUCCGACUCCCGUGUGCGAGCUUUAAAGGAUGCACUCUUGCCAUUUGUGUACUGGAAGAUCACUGGUCGGACGGUGCCGCGUCUGACCCCGAUGUAAACUGUGGAAACUGAGGAACCUCAGCGAAUCAGUGUUACCUUGUACAUCAGCAACCCACCCACGUUUCAAACUCAGCCUGGCUCUCCUUGUCCAAAUCCCUUGGGUUUGAGUUUGUUUGCAGUUCCCUCAGCUUGCUGGUAAUUGUGGUGUUUUGUUGUUUUGUUUUCAAUGCAAAUGUGAUGUAAUAUUCUUAUUUUCUUUGGAUCAAAGCUGGACUGAAAAUCGUGUAAUUAUUUUUGUGUUCUUAAUGUUAUUUGGUACUCAAGUUGUAAAUAAUGUCUACUGCUGUUAAUUCCAGUUUCUACUACCUCAGGUGUCCUAUAGAUUUUUCUUCUACCAAAGUUCACUUUCACAAUGAUAUUCUAUUUGCUGUGUGACUAUGAUUCCUAAGACUUGCAGGGCUUAAGGGCUAACUUCUAUUAGCACCUUACUGUAUAAGCAAAUGUUUAAAAAAAAAAAAAAACGGAAAAAAAAAAUCUCUGGGUUAAGAAAAUUUGGCUUAAAUGUAUCCUUUGUUAUUUUAAAUAUAUCAAGAUAUUUUAAUUAAAAUUUUUACCCCCUUGAACCAAUUUUAUAGUAUUUGUACCUAUUUUGGUGUUUUGUCUUUAUAGUAAAUAAAAAUUUUUGAACAAAA